AAAGACCAUCGGGAAGAAAAGACAAAUGGAAGCAGCUGAGAAAACUCUCCCUUACCGAGACGAUACUGGACCUUAUAAAAAGCUGCUACAUGGAAAUAAGGACAAGUGCAGUACUGAGACAAAAAACGAUUCCAAAUAUGUUGAUUUGGAUGACUUACUUGAUUUGAAAUCAAAGGGAACAAAACCUAAAGUGAUGCAUAUUUGUGACGGUAACCAGCUAACAGUAUUCAAAGCCAACAGUGAUUCGUCGGGAGUGAAAAGCCCCAGCGUUCGCGAGUUUAGUGACAAUAUUGAUAAAAUCUAUGAGGAACAUUCGAAGGACAACUGGGCAGACUGGCCUGUCUCGGAAGAUCCCCCAAUGGACACGUCGUUGACAAAAUGUAAUAGCAAAGUGGACUUGGGGUAUGGCAAUAGUACAGAAUUCCAGACCAAAAUUGUGCGGCUUUAUUGUCAUGUCCCCAGCGAGUUUGAGGAGUUACAAUACACGGACAUGUAUUUAAAUAGUAAAACCGAAAUGGAUGACAGUGGAAGUGUAGUAUUGACGGAUAAUCGUGUGCCUGAUAUAAUUCAAGACGAAUCGCACUACAUAACAACCCAUGAAAUCCAACUGACGGAGCUCGACCAUGAUCUUGAUUAUGAUUCCGGACGGGACAUUGAGGACGAUAAUUUGGUUUAUUCAUUUGUGGAUUAUGCCUCUUUUGAAAGCAAUGAAACAACGGAAGGAACGUUAAUACUGGAGGGUAGAAACCAGGCGCGAUGUAAUAAUGCGCACUUACGUGCUGCGGGUUGUGCAGUUGCAAGCACCGAGAGUGAGCUUUGCGACUCGGAUAAAUGUGCCAGCUCGGAUGAAAGCAUGUGUAGAAACCAAUACGGUAGUGGGAAUUCGGAGGGGCAAAUUCACCUGUCAAUCAAGACCUCAUCCAGAGCAAUAAACGAGUCCAACAACGUCCUUGAAAAAGAAAGAAAGUCUUAUCAUACCAAGAAUGUGGGAAGCAGGAGUCAGUUAUUUUUUACAAGCACAGACGCAAAUUCAGAUGCCAUAUGUGAUAGAUCCCAAUAUUUUAUCCCAGCCCCAGGACGUCAACACCUAGCAACUAAAUUAAGAGGGAAAGACUUGAACGAAUAUUCCAGCGGUGCGUCAAGUUCGAUAAGUGAACUGGAUGACGCUGAUAAAGAAGUUCGUAAUUUAACCGCUAGGUCAUUUAGGAGUUUAGCUUGUCCCUAUUUUGAUGCUAUAAAUUUGAGCACUUCAAGUGAGUCUUCAUUGUCAGAAUACGGACUCGGCUUAAACAAGUGGUCUGCUUUUGUUGACCUAUCAUAUGGCAAUAUGUCACAGAGCAGAGAGCAAAAUCGAAACACACACAAGAGUGCAACUGCUACUUUUGAAAUGAGCAAGAACGCAGAAUUUAAACGCCUAAAUCGUAUGGCCAUAAGUAAGAAGAAAGGGUCUCAAACCAAUAUAUUGUCUUUGAAUAAAAACGUAUCUAGCCCGCAACAUGCAACUACCUCCACGCAAAACGCAGAUUUUACAUGUCCAUUUCAACCAAGCAGUGAGGUUAUCACUUUGACAAAGACAUUGAAUUUUUGCUGUAAUGUUGAAGCAGGGUCACCUGAACGCGGGAAUCAUAUCAGAAGUUCAGACAAAGAUUUGGGAUCACGUUCCAUGGAUAAUAUUACCGCUUCCCGACCAGCCAAGGCAGGGUAUGAAGUGAGCCUCCAACACAUUAAUGAGGGGGAAAUCAUGGAAGCUACAAAUAAGAAAGCAAGUUUUGCAUCAAAUCUCUUAACAAAUGUAAUAUCCAAAAAAAUGCAAUUAGAGCAAGAGCGCAAGAUGGAGAGGGGAGAAAUACGGGACACCCAUCAGACGCACUCACCCUGCUUUCAUUGUAAGGAUCUAGAUGGAAUAAGAGACAGACGCACUGGGAGGUGUGUGUAUGGGAAAUAUUCAGAUAUGGGUUUGGGAUACACUAGUAAUUCUGUUGAUGAAGAAUGGGCUGUGGACAGUAUACCUAAUUCAUGUGACCACAAAGAAGUGUGUACUGAUGCAUUAGAAAGCCUUCGAUCGACAAAUGAGGCAGGGUUAAAGGUGCCAAAAGACGCUUGCGAACUAAUACAAGAACCACUGAGCCAUAGCGAAAACAGUGCAUUCAAAUCGUGGAAAGAAGGUUCCAUGCUUCAACCUAAAGAUAAGGAAUUGAGAGCACAAGUGCCAGUGAAUACAUCUGCCCUUAUUGCGCAAAAUGAACAGUGGACGGGGGAAAGACAUUUGAGGUCUGACACUGGAGUUACUGGUGGCAACGUGAAAGGGUCGAAUGCACCCGAGAUAAAAAUUCGCCUGAGGAGUUUCGAAGAAAACAAAGGCAAUCUAAAUAUUGCCAACUUGUUAACCCCUAAUGUAAGUUACCCAGUAAAGACAGCAGCUGACAGAGUUCCACAUUUUACUGUUAGGGAUAUAAGGGACAAUAAGUGCACGUUUCAGACUCCAAUUCAUCAGGUUAGAGACGUGCGUAAAUUAGUCAAGAGUUCGUAUCCUUUAGAUAACAGCGAAAGUAAAUGCACAGUAGCCCCUCCUGUUACCGAAUUACAAGAGAAAACAACUUUUAAACAAAAAUCCGAUAAGAAUUUUCCUUCCUCUUCAGUUGUGAUUAAAUGUCAAUCUGUAAAUACAAAUAGCAGUAAUAAACAGCCUGGGCUUGUUAGGGAGACCCCAAAACGGAGACAAUGUGAGAAUGAUCAGUCAUCCCCAAAACAGUCUCCAGAAUGUGCCAAAAAUGAACACGCAUUUCAGCACAGAGUGACAGGGAGGCCUCGAAUUGGCUUCACUAAACACCCCAAUACAGAAGCUAAAUAUAAGCAGGAAAAAAUAGUUGAGGCUGAUGAACGCAAAAUGGAGUCAAAAAUACUGAACCAGGCUGCGUUAGAAAAACUGAAGGCGGCUGUUAAAACGAUGGAACAGCUUUAUGUUUAUGACAGAAAUGAAUGGAAGCGCAAGAGCCAGGCUCCCCGGCCCAUCACAGACAGUCAUGUUCUGUCACUCAUUGCUAACGAGGAACAUGGUGGCCCUAAGGGGCUAGGUGCAGCAGGUGGCAGUGAGAGACUUAGUACAGAGACAAACACAGGCAUGUUGCCAGAAACUUCCAAAUUUCAAGAAAAGAACAGUUCUUUGAGCAUUAUGCAAGUCCCAUCUACAGAGGAAACCUUUAAAACCCAGUCACAAGAAAGUAAAACGUUUAAUAACAAAAGUGUGUUCCAUUUGGGGAGCACCUUUAAGACAGCAAUCGCGAGCAGUAGCUCUGGUGGUAUUGAUCUGUCACAAACCUGUUUUCCAUCACAAACAACCUCUGUUGUGAAAAGCAUUAGCUCCACCAGCCUGACAGCUCCAAUGUCAAUUAAUAUAUUCCCCCCAAAACGAGCCCUGGUGGAUCGGGGAACGUACAAAAGCUGCCCAACCCCAGAGACUUUGCCACAACCCAUCAUAUCUGGCAACCCGGACUCUGAAAACUACUUAACCAUACCUGUGGAAAGCAUGCGUGUUAGUGAAAUUAAACUGCAAAACAGCAAUUUGGAAGUUACUGGGAGUAGUUUCAAAACCAGUAAACCCAGCAUCACUAACCCUAAGAGAACCGAGCAACAUUCUAGGCAGUCCCUGAAACAGUCCCCUGAAGUAAUGGAGAUGAGGACGGUAGAUACCGCUACCAUCUACCACCACUCCCUGCCUGUGGCCAUUCAAGAAGCAAACCAGCCACACGUAUUUUGCUUCUCCCCCACUGGCCCCCCUCUACCCACCACUCCCCCAAGGGAUGAUGCUUUCCAGCUGACCCAGAGGAAGAUGCUCUUGGAUCCCACCACUGGACACUACUACCUGGUUGACACGCCGGUUCAGCUAGCCACCCGGCGCCUAUUUGACCCUGAGAGCGGUCAGUAUGUGGACAUGGCCAUUCCCCAGCCACUGCCAGUGAAAACUGUGCCCGUAUCCCCCCUGACGUUGAGCCAGGGAGGAGUGUACAAUCCCACAUACAUGAUUUACCCAGGGUUCCUUUCAUCCACACUUGGUGCCCAGGUGGUAAUGGAACACCAGGUUGCUUCCCAGGUGGCACCUCACUUGAAGGCUGAGGACAAGACCAUGGAGACAGGUCAUGGGAAAUGCAUCUCAGGACAUGUGGGAGGACAGGCAGGCAACAUGGCAGGGGCAGAGAGCCCCUACUACAGCACUACUGGAGGGUCAGAGCCAGCAUCAGCGCCUGGUUACCAAUUUACCAGCCUAGGAAGUGUCACAGCGUCAGAUGGGAAACCACCAGUCAUUAGCAUCACAUCACAGCAAGGUCCGAGAAUCAUCGCACCGCCCUCCUUUGAUGGGACGACCAUGAGCUUUGUGGUGGAACAUCGUUAACCACUAGGGAAUUAUACACAGCACUAUUCACAGCCUGAACAGUGAUCCUUCAACUAUGGGUUUUAUUUCCAGAAAAUGUGAAAGCAACUUUAAUGGUUCACAUGUGGAACCCAGUGGUAAGGAAAUUUCACCUGUGUAAACUGGAAGCUUCCAGAGCACAGGGGUUAUCCAAGCAACAAAUUUAAUUGUUGUAUUUCUCAAACAAAUAUCUUCCAAAAUAAAACAAUUUUUUAUUUCAAUAAAAUAUUCUGUUUCAUUGUUGUAAAAUAUAACAGAACAAAAUCUCAAUGUACCAUUUCUAAUUCAGUAAUAUGUGAGACUUGGUGAGUGAUCUAAUUACAUUUGCAGGAUGUGCUGAAAGAGUUGUGGGAUGGAAGUAUUACUUUGAUAAUAAUAAGCCAACUUAAUUGUAUAGAAUAAGGCAUUAAUAAACCUAAUGAAAUAAUAUGUUUAUAAAAACUAGCAACUUAUACUAACUCAAAUGCAUUCAGGAACAGAAAGACCAUAAUGUUGAGAACGGAAACCAAAUUAGAACAGAUUAAUUUUGGACCAAGUCACGUGUUCCUGUAGAGUAUGCUAAUUGCCAAUGUCAGUUGGCCUGUUAAAAGUUCAACUUAUCUGAACUUUAUAUUGGUAAAAACAGAUGGACACACACUAUCAAUGUCCUAUUAAGAAAUAUUUGGAAAUCACAGAUACAGAAAUUACAUGUCAGCUAUGUUAAUACAGUAUAUACAAUGUAAAAAAUGUUUUAAUGUUGAGUGUUUAAAAAAUUUUUUAUUCUA